AUGAAUGUUUCAAAUAUAUCCACGAUACCCUUUUCACAAUUCAUUAUCUCACAACUUUUAACAAAGGAAUUGUUUCUUGACUUAAAACUAACCAAGAGAUCUCCAAUCAUAAUCCUACCAUUAAUUGUGUCACUAUUUCUGAUUAUUUAUUCCUACGUCUACAUCCAAUUCAACCUUGAACAUCCUCAGCUAUUGAUAAGUUUAUCUAUAUCAUUAUAUUGUUGUACUAUCUCUUUUAAGCCUCAUCAAUCCUAGGUCAAUGUACUACUUACAGAAAUAAGCAACACAAACAAACCUGACAAUCUAAAAUUUAAUAAGAAUGCAUCCUAAUUUGACUUGGAUUAGAAUCUCAAUUCAGCAUGUCUAAGAGAAGCAACAUUCAGUGACACAACUAUAUUAGAAACAACCUAUCACUGUUUACAAUAUCUAAAUGAGGGAUUGAUUAUAUUGGGAACAGAAUCUGAAAAUCCAAAUUUCCCUUAUUCACUUAAAUACUUUAAUUACGCAACCAAAGCUAUUUUUGGAAAAGAAACAGAAUCUGAAAUUAUGAAUUUACUAGAGGGUCUUACCAUAUUUACUACCUCCGAUCAUGCAGAUGGAUUAUAAUUUACAUCCUAAUUGUAAAACAGACCUUCAUAUUAUUGUUUGAAACAAAUUGAAAUAAAAGAUUAAUUUACAUCAUAACAUAAAAGUUCAAAUCAAGACUCAUUAAAUGAUCAGUUACACAAAUACUAAUUUAGAUAAGCAUUGGAAAUGCUCUUUAAAUCGACUAAUUGUGGGUGUUUAGUUGUAUAAGCUAACUUAUAACAGAGAUUUUCAACUACAACAAAUUAAAUAUUCCAGGCUUCAUAAACCUAGAUUAAUACUGAAAAUUAUUAAUUAAUCGAAUUGACUUUGACACUUAAUAAAAAUAAUAUCAUUAUCGUCUGUCGAGAUGUAACUCAUAGAUAAAAAAUAAGAUAUCUAAAGGAGUAUGAUAAAUAGAAAUCUAAGAUGCUAGCUUUUGUUAGUCAUGAAUAUAGAUCCCCUUUGAAUUGUAUCAUUUAAAUGCUGGAAUGUGUUAUGAAUGAUUAGACAAUUCAGGAUAAUAAUGAUCUGACUGAGUAAUUAUAAGUGGCCUUAGAUAAUUCAAGUUAUAUCCUUAAUUUAUCUAAUGACUUAUUGGAUUUAGCAUAAAUAAAAAAUGGGAAAUUUAGAAUUGACAAAGUACCUUUCAAUUUAGAAACAUUGAUUCAAGAAUGCAUGAAAAUGUUCGAAUUGAAGGCUAAGAUGAAAAAAGUGUAAUUAAAAUUUAAUCUUGCCAGUUAAAUCCCAAAAAUAGUAUUUUCUGAUAGAAGUAGAAUUAAACAAAUAAUUAUCAAUUUGUUAAGUAAUGCAUUCAAAUUUACUUAAAAUGGGAAGAUUAUCAUCAAUGUUUCAAAGGUUAAUUCAAAUUUUUUAAGGAUAGGAGUUAUGGAUGAAGGAAUUGGAAUCUCAGAAGAAGAUUAGAUGACAUUGUUUAAGGCAUUUUAAAAAGUAAAUUCAGAAGAAAGCAAAAAAUUAAAUUAAUAAGGUGUAGGGUUGGGCUUAGUGAUAAGUAAUCAAAUAGCAUAGACUAUAGGGUCUACAGGAUUGAAUCUUGUAUCAAGUAAUUAAAGAGACAAUCAUUACUCAAAUUUUUAUUUUGAUCUACCUUUGGAGUAACCGCUUAGAAAGAAGGUCUCUAGUUUCAAGGUUCCUGAAAUUUCAAUAUAAAUUUAAGAGGUAGAAGAAAUAGCAAGUUUUAAAUAUAUACAUUCUCAUAUCAAGGAAGAUUGGUCAACUUAAUAAAUAUGUUUACAUUAUUUAAUAGUAGAUGAUGACUGUUUUAAUAUAUUUGCAAUGAAAAGAUUAUUCUAAUAAUUAUAAAAAAACAAAAAGUAUUUAUUUUAGAAUGAGUUUGAUGUUGAUUCAGCAUUAUCAGGGUUGGAAUGCAUUGAAAAAAUUAAAAAUAAGAAGUGCAGUAAUUCCUGUUAAGGAUACAAAAUUGUAUUUAUGGAUAUAGAGAUGCCAUUUUUGAAUGGUUAAGAAACCACCAAGAGAAUUUUAAGUGGCUAUCCCAAUUAUAUAAUUAUCGGAUGCAGUGGUUAUUCAGAUCAAUAAGAAAAUGAGAAGUGUAUUAGUAGUGGAAUGUCUGAUUUCUUAGUUAAACCAAUUAAUGAAAAUUAAUUAAUUUAGAUAAUUAAAAAGUUUCAUUGA